AUGAGCGACUUGAUGACUUCAAAUUCGGCAUUUUAUGUGAGUUUUGAGUUACGGGUACCGAGUAAUUGUGAGGGUUGUGAUGAAUAUGAAGAAGAUUUUAAACAAGUUAUCAAGGAGCAGGAGAAGAAAAGGAUUUUCUUUCAGCAUAGAUCACCUCAGAUUUCUUUUCGAAAACAUCUUGUUCAGCACUUGAAAAACAUAUGCGGGGAAAAAUCUCUAAGUAGGUGUUGUCUUCAUUUAAGCGUGUACCUUUUGGAUAUUUUUAUGGACAAUCAUAAAAUAGCUGCUGAGAAGCUUCUGCUCGUAGGAAACGUUUGCCUCCUAUUGGCUGCUAAAUUCGAGGAGCAUUCAGCGGGAGUGCCUAAAAUUUCCGAAUUAAACGCCUUUGUUGACAAUAAAUACGAAGUCUCUGAUUACAAUGACGUGGAAAUCCUAGUACUCAAGUUCUACCAGUUCUUUCUUAAAUUUCCAUGCGCUGCUCACCAUGUUUUCUAUUAUAUCAACGAAAUGAUUUCUCUAGAUGAUGUAAAUGGUGAAACGACUUUUAGAACUCUUUUUUUCGAUGUUUUUGAAAAUAUUAAGAUGUAUUUAAAUUGGAUUCUUGAUGACAUACAUUAUGUACAGUAUUACCAACCGUCAAAAUUGGCCGCCGCUAUUAUAGCCGCCAGUAGGAUUCAAAAUGGAUUAGUACCAUGGACCAAACAACUUGAAGACUCAACUACUUAUACAGAGGGGCAAUUUGAGGAGAUUCUGCAAAACUUGCUGAAGAAAAACGUGCUUUAUUGUGCAAAAUGUGACCUGCCAAAUUUAACUAACACCAAUAUAGAAAUCUAG